CCGCCAUGGAAGGCCCCGGGGCCGCGGCCCCCGGCGGGGGGAACGUGCCCGCCUUCCUCACCAAGCUCUGGACGCUCGUGGAGGACCCGGACACGGACGCGUUGAUUUGCUGGAGCCCGAGUGGAAGCAGCUUCCAUGUGUUUGACCAGGGCCAGUUUGCCAAGGAGGUGCUCCCAAAGUACUUCAAACACAACAACAUGGCCAGCUUCGUGCGGCAGCUCAACAUGUAUGGCUUUCGCAAGGUUGUCCACAUUGAGCAGGGAGGACUGGUGAAGCCAGAGAAAGACGACACGGAGUUCCAGCAUCCCUACUUCAUCCGAGGGCAGGAGCACCUCCUGGAGAACAUCAAGAGGAAAGUAACCAGCGUAUCCAGCAUCAAGAACGAGGACAUAAAGGUCCAGCAGGACAACGUAACCAAGCUGCUGACUGACAUCCAGGUGAUGAAGGGGAAGCAGGAGAGCAUGGACUCCAAGCUGAUCGCCAUGAAGCAUGAGAACGAGGCGCUGUGGAGGGAGGUGGCCAGCCUGAGGCAGAAGCACGCUCAGCAGCAGAAGGUGGUCAAUAAGCUCAUCCAGUUCCUGAUCUCCUUGGUUCAAUCCAACCGCAUCCUCGGAGUGAAGAGGAAGAUCCCCCUGAUGCUCAACGACGGCAGCUCAGCACAUUCCAUGCCGAAGUACAGCCGCCAGUAUUCCCUGGAGCACGUCCACGGCUCCUCCCCGUACACAGCUUCUUCCCCAGCAUACAGUGGCUCCAACCUCUAUUCCCCGGAUUCUUCAGCCAACUCCGGUCCCAUCAUCUCCGACGUGACCGAGCUCGCCCAGUCCAGCCCCUCAGCAUCCCCCAGCGGCAGCCUCGACGGCAGGAGCAGCCCCGUGGUGCGGAUCAAGGAGGAGCCCCCCAGCCCCAGCCGCAGCCCCCAGGUAGAGGAGGCCAGCCCCGGGCAGCCUCCUGCCCUGGAGACCCCGCUCUUCCCCUCCACCUUCAUCGACUCCUUCCUGCAGGAGCCCGAGCCCAGCGCCGCGGCUGCCGCCAGCGCCAGCCCCACGCAGCCGCAGCCCAAGUGCCUCAGCGUCGCCUGCCUCGACAAGAAUGAGCUCAACGACCACCUGGACACCAUCGACUCCAACCUGGACAACCUCCAGACCAUGCUGAGCACGCACGGCUUCAGCGUGGACACGAGCGCCUUGUUGGAUCUCUUCAGCCCUUCCAUGACGGUCACGGACAUGAACCUGCCCGACCUGGACAGCAGCUUGGCCAGCAUCCAGGAUCUCCUUUCAUCCCAGGAACAGCAGAAACCCACGGAGAGCGAGGCCGGCGCAGCGGACGCAGGGAAGCAGCUCGUGCACUACACCGCCCAGCCCCUUUUCCUGGUGGAUUCCAGCGCCGUGGACGUGGGCUCCGGGGACCUUCCCAUCUUCUUCGAGCUGGGCGAGGGUCCCUAUGGCCCGGAUGGCGAGGGGUACCCGGAGGAUCCCGCCCUCUCCCUGCUGGCCGGGCCCGAGGCCAAGCCCAAGGACCCCGCUGUCUCCUAG